AUAUUAAUCUUUGAAUUCCUCCCAUGACACUAUUUCAUGUGCUGAUUUUCUUUAUCUGUUCGAUCAAAGUAGAUGCUGGAGCUCUAUACUCCAAAAAUGCCUACUAGCACCGUUAAAAAUUCUCGAGUUCACACAUAGGUCAACGCUUCCGAAGUUCCGAGUGUUGGCCGAUGCCCACUCACCCCACUUGUCAAUCAUGAUACCCGCAAUUAUCACCAAUAGACACGCAAUGACAAGGAGUUUGCCAUGUAUAAAAUAACGUGGCUUUCUGUUGGAGAUUGGGGUGGGAAGAAGUCUGGCGGGAAAAUUCAAUCGUGCAUGUGGAGAGGGCUUAGCAGUUGACGUGCGGAGAGAAUUUUUGAUGAAGGAUGUGAUCGACUUCCUUUCAAAAGCAUAUGAGAGUUUCGCUGACCGCAAUUCGCGAUGCUUACUGUGGCCCGUACGUGUCAAUUUUUCUUCGAAUUGAAGUCGUUCAUGAUCAAGGUUGUCUAGGACCAUGUCUAUUUGUCGAAUUAUAAGUGUUUGGGAAUCAGCACCGAAGUUUUAUUCGGUAGCAUUGUAUAAAUUGACAUUCUCCUUCUUUCUGAGUUCUUUUUGAGGUUUGGAGUUGGUACAGCAGCCUGGUACAAACUACGUCAGUGAUUGAUUUUUCGAUACCCUUUGCAUUUGUUUCAGAUUUGCUUUUUAGACGAUUGGUUAGAUCUUUGCGAUUUAUUGAUCUAUUACUUUCCAAAUCAUUGGCUCAAAACAAUACAUAUAUAUAUAUAUAUUCGUCCAACACGCUAGAAGCUAGCCAAGAAGCCACACUACAAUGGCUUCGCCUCCACCCCCGGGAUCUUUAUCGGCCACAGCAGCAGAGCCAACGCCAACGGCAGUAGCAGCGCCGGCGCCAGCGUCAGCUCCGGUACCAGUCAACCUAGAAGCUGAUGACGUCGAAGCCUUACUUGACGAUGGUGAUUCAGCACUUGGAUCUGAACCUGGAAGUUCCACAACUUCACUCGCAUCAAGUAUUACCAGGUACCGCAUUGAAAAUGGACGCACAUAUCACGCAUACAAAGAUGGAAAAUACGCAUAUCCUAAUGAUGAUAUGGAGCAAGAGAGAUUAGAUCUACAGCAUCAUCUGUGUACUAUCACACUCAAUGGUAGGUUAUUCACGGCUCCUAUUGACGCGGAUAAGCUUGAGAGGGUUCUCGAUGUCGGGUGUGGAACAGGAAUUUGGACUACGGAUUUUGCGGAUGAGUAUCCUCAAGCUACAGUGUUGGGUAUUGAUUUAAGUCCCAUCCAACCCAUGUUUGUACCACCAAAUGCAGUAUUUCAGGUGGAUGAUUUGGAGGAGGAAUGGAAUUUUGCGGAUGGUGAUAAGUUUGACUUUAUCCAUACGCGGAUGAUGACGGGGGGUAUUCAGGAUUGGGAUCGAUUUUUUGAACAGGCCUUUGAGUGAGUGUUCUUCUUCCAAUCACCAAUUGCGCUGUGUUGUGAUAUCCCUCAAAAAACAAAACCCUCCUUCGCGUCUACUAAUCAUACACGCUUGAGUAGAAAUCUUAAACCAGGAGGAUACAUCGAAGUCAUAGAUAUCCUACUUCCUCCCACCAGUGCAGACGGUACACUGAAACCCAAUUCUCCACUUCUCAAAUGGGCAAAUUUGCUUCUGAAGGGAAGUAUUCUGGCGGGUAGGAAUCUAGAUAGUGCGUUGACGUAUACGGAGAAAUUGUCAAAGGUGGGGUUUCAGGGGAUUAACGAGACGAUUCACAAAUGGCCGGGUAAUAGGUGGCCCAAGGAUCCUAAGGCUAAGGAGCUUGGUAAGUGGUAGCUUCUUUUUUAUUCUUUUGUCUCCACGGAUCGAGUUUUGAAAUGGUUUAUUUUGGAUGAGGAGAUAUCUAUCAAGAUUGUAGAGAUGUACUAAUGCUAAAUAUUAGGAAUGUGGCAUCUGGAAAAUAUGUCGUCUGGGUUGAUGGGGAUUAGCUUGGCUCUUUUUACGAGGGUGUUAGGGUGGAGUGUGGAGGAGCUGGAGGUUUUUCUGGUGGAUGUGAGGAAGGAUAUGAAGGAUACUUCGAUUCAUGCUUAUUGGCCUAUGUUAGUAUUUUUCGUUUCUUUUUUUUGGUCCUAUGGAGUUUGGGAGAGGAGCGGGGUGAGGUGUAUGACGUUUAAGAGUGUGUUUACAUGGUUGUGCUAAUACUUAGAUUGCGAUAGACAUGUGAUUUAUGCGCAUAGGCCUCUGCAUGCUUAAUCGGUUUCGAUGAAGAUCGAGAGUUGGAGCAGGUGACCAGUGAAGGGGAAGGGAUUGUAGAAAGCUAGAGAUAAGGAGAGGUUGUUUACAUUCGGAUGAGAAUGCCAUUGAAUAUUAAUUUAUAUAUGCAUCAAGUGGUAACUGCUGAAAUGACUGGGUAGUCGAAGUGGCUACGUCAAAUUCCGUUGGAUAGAGUUAGCAAGAAAUAGAGCUAGCUAGAAACUAGAUAAUAUCAAGCAAGUAUCAUAGUUUACG